CCUUGCGGGCCUGCACGGCGGGUGCGGAAACGCCGCUGGAAGCGUGCGGGCGUGGAUAGACAUCAUGCCGCUCGAACUGGAGCUGUGUCCCGGGCGCUGGGUGGGUGGGCAGCACCCUUGCUUCAUCAUCGCGGAAAUCGGCCAGAACCACCAGGGCGACCUGGACAUCGCCAAGCGCAUGAUCCGCACUGCCAAGGAGUGUGGGGCUGACUGCGCUAAGUUCCAGAAGAGCGAGUUGGAGUUCAAGUUUAACCGGAAGGCCCUGGAGAGACCAUAUACUUCGAAGCAUUCGUGGGGGUCGACAUAUGGGGAGCAUAAACGGCAUCUAGAAUUCAGCCACGCCCAGUACAGGGAGCUGCAGCGCUAUGCGCAGGAGAUUGGCAUCUUCUUCACCGCCUCUGGCAUGGACGAGAUGGCGGUUGAGUUUCUGCAUGAACUGAAUGUCCCAUUUUUUAAAGUUGGAUCUGGCGACACUAACAAUUUUCCUUAUCUGGAGAAGACAGCCAAGAAAGGUCGUCCUAUGGUGAUCUCCAGUGGGAUGCAGUCGAUGGACACUAUGAAGCAAGUCUACCAGAUUGUGAAGCCCCUCAACCCCAACUUCUGCUUCCUCCAGUGCACCAGCGCAUACCCACUGCAGCCAGAGGAUGCCAACCUGCGCGUCAUCUCGGAGUACCAGAAGCUCUUUCCCGACAUUCCCAUAGGGUAUUCUGGGCAUGAGACAGGCAUCGCCAUAUCUGUGGCGGCAGUGGCUCUGGGGGCCAAGGUGUUGGAACGUCACAUAACUUUGGACAAGACUUGGAAGGGGAGCGACCACUCAGCCUCGUUGGAGCCUGGAGAGCUGGCAGAGCUGGUGCGGUCCGUGCGCCUGGUGGAGCGGGCAUUGGGCUCUCCAGUCAAGCAGCUGCUGCCCUGUGAGGUGGCCUGCAACGAGAAGCUGGGCAAGUCUGUGGUGGCCAAAGUGAAAAUCCCAGAAGGCACCAUCCUGACCCUGGACAUGCUCACCGUGAAGGUGGGCGAGCCCAAAGGCUAUCCUCCUGAAGACAUCUUCAGCCUCGUGGGCAGAAAGGUGCUGGUCACUGUGGAAGAAGAUGAUACAAUCAUGGAAGACUCUGUGGAAAAUCACAGCAAGAAAAUCAAGUCUUAAAAUAAAGUGCCUCUCCCUGGCUUCUCAGCCA